AUGGGUCUGUCCCAUGUUGGAGAUCCCAGCUUCGAAUUCACCAACACCAGCAGCCACAAUCAGGACAGCACAGUCAGCCUGAGACGCGCCUGUAACCAUGUCUUUGAUAAAGUCUCUGUGUCCUGGAGCAUCAGUGAUGGUCACACCCAUCUCCGCAGCCUCCUUCUCAAAUUUUUCAGCGUUUCUUUGGUCGAUGCCACCACACUUGUGGAUCAGAUGUCCGUCCUCUCCUUUCCCACGUUGGCUUUGACUUGUGGCGGGUUUUCACCACACCUGUGCUCUCACGGCAAACCCUACAGCCAGAAGAGAUAUGAAGAAAUUGUUAAGGAAGUCAGCACCUACAUGAAAAAGAUUGGCUUCAACCCUGACACAAUAGCUGUCCUGCCGAUUUCUGGCUGGAAUGGUGACGACGUGCUGGAGCCAAGUGCUCACAUGCCUUGGUUCCAGGGAUGGAAGUUCACCCGCAAAGAUGGCAAUGCCAGUGGGCCCACCCUGCUUGAAGCUCUGGGUUGCAUCCUGCCCCCCACUCGCCCAAAUGACAAGACUUUGUGGCUACCCCUCCAGGAUGUCUGUAAAAUUGGUAGCAUCGGUACCGUCCCUGUGGGCAGAGUGGAGACUGGCGUUCUCAAGCCUGGCAUGGUGGUCACCUUCACACAAGUCAGUGUCACCACUGAAGUCAAGUCUGUUGAAAUGCACCAAGAGGCUCUGAGUGAAGCUCUUCCUGGUGACAAUGUGGGCUUCAACGUCCGGAACAUGUCUGCCCAAGAUGUUCAUCGUGGCAGUGUUGCUGGUGACGGCACAAAUGACCCAGCAAUGGAAGCAGCUGGUUUCACUGCUCAGGUGAUUCUCCUGCACCGUCUGGGCCAGAUCAGGCUCAGCUGUGCCCCUGCCCUGGAUUGCCACACAGCUCACAUCGCUUGCAAGUUUGCUGAACUGAAAGAGAAGAUUGAUGGCCCUUCUGGUGAGAAGCUGGAAGACGGCCCCACAUUCUUGAAAUUUGGUGAUGCUGCCAUCGCUGACAGGGUUUCAGGCAAGCCCGUGUGUAUCGAGAGCUUCUCUGACUAUCCUCCUCUGGCUCGCUUUGCUGUUCGCGAUAUGAGGCAGAGAGUUGUUGGCGUCAUCAAAGCAGUGGACAAGAAGGCUGCUGGAGCUGGCAAGGUCACCAAGUCUGCCCAGAACCCUAACACCGCCACCCCAGUCUUAAUCAGUGGUGGAAGACCGGGGCCUCCCUUGGGAGGAGUUACUUCCUGUGUGGGCGUAGUAGUGAUCCGAGAGCUGCUGCUGGCCGACGUGAGGACAAGCCAUCGGGUUUGCUGUCUCCUCCUGGGUCUUCCUCCUUGA